GUGUCUUGAUAUAUCUUUGGUUGUUUGAGUUGUUUCCCUAGGUUUCCCUUGUUAGAUCACUGCUAAAAUUAGACACACAAUAACCAUGAUAAAAUUCCUGUGCAUUUAAGCGUUGUUACUACUGACAUCAAUACAUAGGGAAAACGAAACUAGUCAAAAUUACAAAUCAUUUAAAAGCCGGAUUUUCUCGUGUGUUAUUUAUUUCGCCUUUUUUAAUUGUUUAACUUAAGUUAAAGUACGAUAACAUCAUAUUGACAAUAUGGAUUUUGAAAACCUAUUUCAACAUCCGGACCACGAGAACUACGUUUGUGUAAAUCUUGCUCUAGUUUUUGUGUGUCGGGUGUUAAAGUCGUACACGGAACAUGGUUUACAACAGGUGCAUCAGACGAUAAAAAAAGCUCUGGCGGGAAAGUCGCAAUAUACCGGAACGUGUGGGAAUCGACCAUCAAGAUGGUGUCAGCCUUGCAAAGGCUGGCAAAAACAUCUCCAACGUCAUUGUCCAAAGCACACAAUAGACUGGACUACACAGACAACGGCAAAUUGGGAAGAAUCUUUUGAAAAUAUUGCUAGUGUUUUCACAACAUUCCCUACAGAUGGCUCACCAGUGAAUUACCUCGAUCUCUCAAAUGCAUGCAGUAUAUGGGAAAGAUGUAAUGCAUUUAAAAUAAGGAAAUUUGUCAUAGAUAAUGUCAGAGAAUGUAGAAAUAAAUAUUUUGCCCAUAACGAAACUCUUCUUGUUGACGAGAAUGACAAAGCAAAAGUAUUUGAUGCGUUAAGGGAUCUUCUUAAUGACAGAGACGUUGAAAGUCACAUCAACAAAACAUAUUGUAUCGAUAAAUUAGAAGAUAUAAAGAAUACACCCUGUCUUUUGAGCAUAAUUUCAAACAUAAAAAAGAAUUUUGACGCCCAAUCCGAACGCACAAUUGAGAACAUACGACAAACUACUGAAAUGGGCAGUGAAAAUUGCGAAAUUUUGAAAGAAAUACAAUAUGAACUGAUCAAAAUAACUCAAAAACAAACACGCGACAAUUUAGAGGUAAUACAUAAUCUCAAAAUAAUAAGAAACAAAUCAAAAUCGGUUGAAAGGAGGAACUCGAUUAUUGCAGCCAUCGCCACUAGUUUUUUCAUUUAUUUUAUUUUUCAACAUAUUUUGGGCAACAAUAAACCUGUUUGGAAUGACAAAUCGUCUAAUAACAUUUACAAUUAUAUACAUGCUGAAAGACACGCUUUUACAGAUUCUGAAAGCAUUAUAGAUGAAUGGAGACAAGAAGUGCAAGAAUGGAGUAUUUCUUUUUACAAAUGGCGCAAUGAAUGCAUAACCAAGCCAACGGCACCUGUGUCCAAAGAAAUCAUGACACUUAAAUUUGAUUACAUGUAUGUGAAGUUAAAUCUCUUUGACAAAUGGAACGAGAUAUAUUACCAAUGGAAAAAAUGUCCAAAACAUUUUUUUGAUAUUCCAGAAUUCUGUGUUAAAGACGAGUGGGAAUGCAAUAGAACAGAGAUUCGCAAUAAAUUAUUGAGACUAUAGCGGAAGGGAAGGGGGAGGGGGUCACUUGACUUUGUUUAGUAAUACAAACGAGUAAUA